CGCCGCUCGUAUAAUAACGCUCUCUUUCCUUAGCUCCUCAUCUCGACCCUUCCAAACUGACUUCUGCACUACGCAUGGCAGCGGCCAUGGCCUCUCAAACUUCACUUAUCCCACCCGCCUCAGAGAUACCUGUUACAUUUGGUGCAUCCCUUCGCAGCUGGUGGGCUACGAACGAGAAGGGUUCUGCCUUGGCAGAACGACGAAUAUUAUCUGGACUCCCUUUCGUUACCCCACGGACCUAUUCUCCCAGCGACAGCCCCGUAAUCGCUGAGUCGUCAAUCGUUGAACUAGACCAACCCAAAUUCUACCUGAAUACCUUAUCACUCACUCCGACCUCCCCUGCUCCGGAUGCCCCUCCGCCAGUAGUACUGCUUCCUGGAUAUGGAGCGGGCAUCGGAUUCUUCUUUCCCAAUCUCCCCACUCUUGCACAAUGGUCCGGGAAUCGCCGGUCGUCUGUCUAUGCAGUGGACUGGUUAGGUAUGGGCCGAUCCGCCCGUGUGCCAUUCACGAUCAAGGCUCCGAGGAAGGAUACGCCGAAGCGCGUCGCAGAAGCUGAAUCAUUCUUCAUCGACUCUCUCGAGUCGUGGCGAAAGAAGAUGAAGCUCGAACAGAUGACGCUCAUCGGGCACAGUCUCGGAGGCUAUCUUAGCGUCGCCUAUGCUCUCAAAUACCCGACCAGAGUCAACAAGCUGAUCCUUCUCUCGCCCGCCGGUGUCCCUCGCGACCCGGAGCAGACCACAGCACCCGAACGCGAGUUGGAGCCACCGCCUGCUAGUCCUACAUCAACUGUCGAGCCUGCGACACAUGCGAAAGUGGAGGCUGUCCGCGCAGAACAGAGCCAACAGCGCCAACGAUAUACCCGAACUCGGCGGCUGUUCAUGUAUCUUUGGGAGGAAGGAUGGAGCCCUUUCCAGGUCGUGCGAUCGACCAUGUUCUGGGCGCCGAUGCUGAUUGGAAAAUACUCUGCUCGGCGUUUCACGGGAUUGACGCCGGAAGAAACUAACAGCAUGCACGAUUACAUCCAACACAUUACGCUCGCCAAGGGUUCUGGAGAAUACUGCAUCUCCCAUAUCCUCGCUCCUGGAGCUCAUGCCCGGAUGCCUCUGGUCGAUAGAGUUGCUGCUCUAAAGAUCCCAGUAACGUUCGUCUACGGUGACCACGACUGGAUGGAUCCUGAGGGCGGGGAACAGUCGGUCGAGAAUCUGCGAAAAGCGGGCAACGGAAAUGCUCGCUCCUACAUCGUCAAUGGGGCCGGACACCAUGUUUAUCUAGACAACCCAGAUGCGGUCAACUCCUUGCUUGUGAAGGAACUCAACCGCAAAACAUAGAUGGACCUUUUAGAUUGGGACUCAGAUAUAUGAUACCGUGUUCUAAUCUGUAUUAUAUAUUCUGUAAUUAUAUUCUUAUCGCA